AUGACUUAUAACGCUCCCCCUCCUUCGUACGAUGAGCUGUACAACUCACAGCACGCAUCUACUUCGUCAUCUUCAUCGACCUCGUCAAUGUUCGGCUCGCUGAAACAGUCUCUGGCUUCGUUCACGAUGGUCCCUAGUAAAGUCGACCUUGAAAUCCUGCCCUUUGACAGCAUCGACAUGUACGGUCAGCCCGACAAAGAUGCUGCUUAUUCGCUAUCGGGGCAAAUCGUUGUGAAGCUCGUGCCACCUACUAGCUGGUUCUGCUCGGAGACCCCUCAGGGAGACGAGUGUUUCCUCCUCGAGUCCCUUGUCGUCACAUUUGAGGGUCAGAGCGAGCUUGUGGCGCCGCAAACUGGCUACGCCUCUUGCCGUCUUAUCGAGUUCUCCAAGGAGCUCAUCACCGAGGAUCCGAUUGUGAUCCGGCACUCCUGGUCAGAGGACGCCACACGCAAUCCUGCGCAGUGGUACGUGACCUUCAACCUGAACAUCCCAGGAUGGCUUCCGCCUACAUGCGGCACAUCGUACGGCAACUCCACCGACGAGCCGGAGGUCAGCUACCGUCUCUCCGCAGUAGCGAAGUACCGCGAAGACAGGCCUGCGCAACCGUCCUCGUGGCGUACAACGUGCUAUGGCUAUAUGAGCCUGCCGACCACGCAAAUGGUCAAGGCCCGCGGCGUCGACGUGACGAUCAACAGGUUCACCAUCCCCCCGCCGCAAUGUACGCUUGCAGGCUCAGAGCUUCCCGAAGCUCCCUUCCGAAGCGUGGAGUACAUUGGCACGAUGACGGAUGCUGGCAGUGCGACCGUUCCGUCUGAGAUCCUGUCUAAGCUCCGAAUGCGUGCUACCGUCCCGGAGCACAUCCCAAUGGAUGCAGGGUCCUUCCCUCUGCUCUUGAAGGUUCGUCCGGACGGCCUGUCUGCAGACGAACGGAAACGGCUGCAUAUGCCCGGCUUCCUCGUGUCGGUCGUGCAAAACGAGAUUAUUCGUGCGUCUAUGUCGGCCCAUUACGCCCAGGAGUGGCCUGUGCCUCCCGCCUCCGAGCAGCCUCCCAACCAUCCGAUUCGUACGCGCCGCCAUGAUUCUCGCGAAUACGAGUGCGGCAUGAUAUUCAGCCCUGCAGCCGGCACCUCUGCCACUCGCUCCUACUCUCUCCUCCAUUCCGGCUUCGCUGGCAAGUUCGAGCUUGACGAGUCCAAAGCGAACUUCCAAGACGAGCGCUUUGAGCAAGACGACACGUGGAUUCGCGUCCGCGUCGACGUCCCCUUCCGCGACAUCCUCGUCGAGCCGCACCUCCUCCCGCAGUAUGAAGAUCAUCCCCUCCCCAAGCUUCGCCCUUCCGAGCGCGGCCCGAUCAUGACAGUGUAUCAUAGGCUCGAGAUCUCGCUCGCGUGCGCGUACGACCUCCCAGAAGAUGGCGCAACCCCGGGCAAGGAGCGUGCCCUCGACGAGCUCAAGUUCACCAUUCCGCUCAGCUUCGUCCGCGUACCGCGCAGCGGCCCUCACUGCCCGCGCACGGAGUCCUUCACCGAGGCAACCGGAAGCCCGCUCUCGACUACGUCCCCGGCAGGUUCGGUGCGCAUGCUCACGGAGCGCGUGCCGCUCCCGCAGCUCAGCCAGCCUUACGCUCAAUCGCUGCCGGCGUAUAACACGCUGUAUCACAAGAACGGGGCGAGGAUCGAGGACCCGACGCCGCUGCCAGUUUAUACGAAGGAUGGCGGACGCGAGCAUCCGCUGGAGACGAGCUCAGAGCAGCGUGUCGAGGAGGCGGAGCCUCCUGCGAUGACGAUCUGUAAGCAGACGCCGCUGCAUAAGGCAGUGGUGUACUCGACGCCACCUCUCCCUCGCUUGUAGACAAGCGGGUGAACCGGUGCACCUUACGUCUUCCUCUCCGUUAUUUGUCAGUGUUCAUGCAUUCCAUCAAGUCUCCAUUCAUGUCCACGCGCAUUCACAUCUGCCUCAUAACUCGUUCCGCAACUAAUUGGCAUCCCUGCUCUGUUGUACACUCACUCUCUUUGUCCUAGAUCGACAUACAUCACCCUUGUAUCAUUACCGCCCUUCUUUCAUAC